UCCUAACCUCCGUUCAAUCAAUGGAAGACCGCGUCUAUUUUAGCAAUUUAGGAUUUUAGCUUGAUUCCUGUGUAAACGUUAAUAAUUGACGAAAUAUUGUGUUAUAAAGUACAUUCGUACUAACCAAUACACUCGUCGCAACCUACAUAUUUGAGUAAAAUCAUUUACUGACAGUAUUAUCGUGUGAUUUAUUGAGCGGUCGUGUCGGGGCCGUACUCUCACUAGUUUUCGUUUGUUUUCCGCGUAUCAGUGAACAAUGGUCCGCGGUACGGGUAGAGGAGGCCGUGGUAUGCCUGGGCGCGGUAUGGGUCGCCCGCCGUUCAACAGGCCGAGGGUGCUGCUGUUGCGCCCUCCGUUUGAUCUGAUAAUGGCCGAGCCUGCUUUUCCUAGAUGUAAACCUGCUCCUGAUGACUCUGCGCUUACACAGGCCCUGUUAAAGAGGCAUGCAGAGCUGUGCCCGACCCCUGCGGAGCAGUCGGCUGUGCUCAGCCUGGUCACCAAGCUGCAGACGGUGCUUGACAACUUGGUGGUGGCUCCGGGGGACUUCGCUGCUUGUCAACUAGAGGAAGUGAGGCAGGUGGGCUCCUACAAGAAAGGCACUAUGAUGGCGGGCAAGAACGUGGCCGAUAUUGUGGUCAUCAUGAAGACGCUGCCCACCAAGGAGGCUGUUGAGGGGCUCUCCAACAAGGUGACAGAGGAGCUAAACAAGCUACUUGCCGCCGAAGGCGGAGGCUCCGUGACGUGCUCCUGCCACGAGCGGGGCUUCACCGCGCAGGGCGCCGCCGCCGCCGUGCGCGUGCUCGUCACCACGCUGCACCACAACCUGAGGAAGCUGGAGCCAGAGGUUCACUUGGAGUACAAGGUGAUCAGCAGCCACCUGGCCGCCAUCCGCCACAGCCGCUGGUUCGAGGAGAACGCGCACCACUCCUCCAUUAAGGUGCUGAUCCGUCUGCUCCGCGAUAUGUGCGCGCGCCACGCCGGACUCGAGCCCCUCACCCCGUGGAUGAUCGACCUGCUGGCGCACCACUGCAUCAUGAACAACCCGCAGCGACAGGCGCUGCCCAUCGCCCAGGCGUUCAGACGCUCGUUGUCCCUGCUGGCGGGAGGCCUGUUCCUACCGGGCUGCGCCGGCCUCUCCGACCCGUGCGAGGCCGCGCACGCGCGCGCGCACACCGCGCUCGACCUGCAGGCGCAGGACAACGCCGCAGCCACUGCGCAGACACUCCUGCGUGUGGUGGCUCGCGGCGGUCACCGCUACGUCCUAGGCCUGCAGCUCUUCGAGGGUGGCAAGGACAUCUCCGGCGAGAUCACUGUCUGGGACGGGGUGGUUGUCUCCCCCCUGGCCCCCGCUUACAGCGACGCCCCCGAGCCAAUGGAUACUGACGACAAAGAAGAAGAGCUAGCCAAAGGGCAGGCGGUGGAGAAGCGCUCGCUGCCCAAACGCAUCCGCGGCGAGAUGCGCGCGCGCGAGAUGAUGUUCCGCGAGUCGCUGCGCAUCGGCGCGCACCACGACGACGAGCGCGAGCGGCUCAAGAAGUUCCAAGAGAACGAGAAGCGGCGGUAUCGUGCCGAGCAGCAGAGGUUGGCCACCAAACAUGCCAAAGCGAGAGAAGAGCUCAAGGCUGCCGGAGAGGCGUUGCUCCGCGAACUGGAACAGUACCAGAACGAGAAGCGCAAAGCCCUCAUGAACCACGAGAGCAACAAGAUGAAGGCGGUCGAGGAGCGCUACUCCCACGAGCUGAAGGAGUGGCGCGCCACGCUCGGCGACCGCAAGAUGACGCUCAUUCAGACCUUCGCCAAGCAGCUGGACGACCACGAGGCCAAAUAUGGCAGGCCGAUCCCCGACCGCACUAUCUAUCUAGACGCCCCAUGGCCCAAGAAUGUCCUACAACAUGUCCUAACGGCCUACCACCAGAGGAACUCCUUCAUGGGUUCCCUUAGCCGCUCCAGAACAAGUCUUAACUUGAUCGCUAACACUCCAAACACUCGACGUAGGAGCAUUAGCCCUCUCAAUCACAGAGCUACUAAAUCCGCUGCGACCAGUGCCAAUAAUACAACUAAACGAGGCAAGCUCACUAAAGAACAGAGGUACGGAUCCACGUCCAAUCUGAAGCUAGUCUCAGAGAAAAUAUCAGGCUUCUCAGUAUUCUCUGGCGCGGACGAGAGAAGAGACCCAAUAAUGGCAUACGGAAACGAGUUCUUCGAACCAAAACAAGGCAGCAUCGCCGAGGAAUCUAGAAAACUAGAACGCUCGAAACCGGCUGUUAAUAAACCUGUAAUAAGAGCAAAGAGCCCAGUCAACUUUAAUAAGAAGCUUAACAGACAGAGCAUGUCCGAACAACUCUUCAAACAGACUGAGGAAACUGGCAUGAAACGCAGCAUAUCUCAGCAGAGUUUGAAACAAGACAGAGCGCUAGAAGCAGUCAUGAUAGACUUACCGUCCAUAGACAGCAAAUACGAUACAGUCAAAAGCACCAGCACGGUAGCUACCUGCUCUUCGCAGGAAGGUAGCGAUUUGGACUACGACGCAGUAUUAACUAAACAUUUCAGCAGAUGGGGCCCCGUGCGAGGCUCGAAUACUUACAGCGAUUCGGCCAGCGUGCCCGUCAGCCAGCUGUCCACGGUCAAUCUAAAGACGUUGAAGAAUGAGGGACCAUCGGAUACUACGGCGUAGACAACUUAAAAUCGAAGGAUUUAGUGAUGUUAUCAA